GACAUUCCGAUUAUGUAAUUCAUUCAUAACUACACUCGCGUAGGGAUUGCGAAGGCUGAACUAGCUGUCAUUCUUCUAACACAGACGGGCUUUAAUGAUACGUCAUUUCUGGCAAAGGUUUACUAUAAAUACAGGCGCAUUACAAUGACGCUCCUUUGCAAUCCUGCCAUUGAACUCGAGCUUGAGCUUGCACAGUCGUUAAACUCUCUGUGAAGAGGCGUUAAACUAAAUUAAGGCUUACAAAACUCGGGGACAAAUCUGUGAAUCUAACAUCGAAUCUACCGAUAUUAUUCCAGUCAAAGAUCAGAAUAUAAUAUAAUAACGGAUAUAAAAAUAUAAUAAAAUUAGAAUAAUAUCUAUUCGUGGCAACUGGUGAUAGCGAUCGACAGUCAAAAAGUUUUUCAAUAUUUAUAACGUUAAAAGCUGAUUUUUUAACGUAACUAAAGUUACAUCAAUUUAAACACUAACUAAACUACAAACUAAAUACAAAUUUCACUAAACUUGAUUCGGCGUUUCUUUGCCAAAUCAAACUUCUUGCCUUAAGUAAGCACAAAAUUGGCUCGAUGCCUUGAUAAAACGGUACAAAAGACGUGUUUGUCAUCACAACAAAUCAGUACGUGUCAACAAGGAAAUAUCGAGCUACUCCAAGGCGCCGUAUCCGCGAUGGAGCCGCGACAGACGGAAAAGUUGCUCCAGUCCCACCUGCAAAAGAACGAUCUUCUGCGAGAUGAACCCCGCUCAUGGACCAUCGACCAUUCCUCUCUGGGUGGUCGCGGUAUGUUUGCUACACGAGAUAUCCAAGUCGGCGAGCUUAUCUUCACGGACGCUCCGUUGCUAUUGGGACCGCGAUGCCACAGCAAGUACCUGCCGAUGUGCGUAGUCUGCUACAAGAGCGGCUGUCCUCUCUUCCCAUGCGAUCACGGUUGCGGCCUGCCGAUCUGCUCGACAGAAUGCGAGAACUCGGUGGCGCAUGCACAAGCCGAGUGCCGGUUCCUCCAAGAAUGGGCGCCCACCUGCGGCUCCACUUGGUCCCAGGAUCUUUUGCUAACGGUAGUGCUGAUACGCGCCCUCGCGCUCUCGAAGGAACAACGCACAUUCUUGUCCGUCUUACAGUGCCACUCGAAUCUAAAUCCUAAUUAUGAGGUCGACAUGCUGAUGAGAAACGUGUCUCAAAUGCCUAGCGACGAGCAACUGGCAUUCAUGAGACAUAUCUGUGGAAUCUUCAAUACGAACUCCUUCGAGGUCGUGAUUGCGCGGCACGAGGAUUGUGCGGUGAGUCUACGCGGUCUUUAUCCGUUGGGCGCAUUACAGAAUCAUUGCUGCGUGCCGAACACCAGGCAUCACUUCGACGACCAGCAACGGCUACACGUGAGUGCGGCGCUCCCUAUCGCGGCUGGUGAAGAGCUCACCAUGUGUUACACCAAUCUAUUAUGGGACACGUGCAACAGAAGACGAUUUCUGCGGAUCACUAAAUAUUUCUCCUGCAAUUGCAGUAGAUGCUCCGAUCCCCUGGAAUUCGGAUCCCGGCUUGGAGCGCUUCUCUGUGCCAAGGAGAAUUGCCCAGGAUAUCUACUACCUCGCAAUCCCCUCAAUCGUGAAUCCUCUUGGACCUGUCACAAAUGUCAGACUAAUAUGAACUAUAGACAGAUUGAAUGCAUUCAUUCAGGACUGAACGCACUCGUGCUCGAGGCUAAGUAUAAUACUCCUCAAGAAUUUCUCAGAUUUGUAGAAAUAAAAUUAUCCAAAUUGAUACCAAGUAGUAAUUACAUCAUGAUGGACGCCAAGUAUCGUAUAAUCUCUUACUUUGGCAGAGUUCCCGAACUCACAUGGAAGGAUCUCACUGAUGCGGAACUUAGGAUUAAAAAAGCAUACUGUAACGAUGUGCUUUCCAGCUUGGAUACUUUAGAUUCUGGAGAUUCUAUAAAAAAGGGACUCGUUUUAUAUGAGUUGUAUCGUACAAAUCUUGAAUUAUCUAAACGCCAAACUUCCAGAGAUGAGAACAAUCGGAUACAUCAGAAUGUGAAAAAUGAUGACAACGAACGUCUGUUACGAAAGGCCAUGAAUAUAUUGCAAAAUGAUGUUGGUGCGGCCCUCGUUCGCAGAAGUGAUUAAUACAAAGACACCGCUUAAAACAACCAUAUUUAUUGCAUUACAUUCGAUGUCUGCAUGGAUAUGGGUAUACAUACAUAUAUACAUAUAUAUAUAU